AUGGCAGACACUGUCAAUAUGUCUUUAGAUGAAAUAAUAAAACAAAACAAGACCAUAAGAGGAGGAUCAGGUCGUGGUCGUGGCGGUGGGAGAGGUAGAGGCCGGGGUCGUGGUGGACGAGGUGCCGCUAACCGAGGGCGUUCACAAUCUCGAUCUGGAACGCCAAAUGGUCAACAGCGUUCACGCUCCCGUUCCAGAGGACCUAGAGGCGCAGUGCAGCUAAGGGGUCGGUCUCAGUCUCGAGGAAGAUCACAAUCCAGAAAUAGGUCGCGUUCACAGCAACGUCGUAGAUCAAAUUCACGAGCAAGGUCAACAUCUAGAUCUCGUUCCCAGAUCAGAGGUUUAACUCCUAAAGGAAGAGCCGGUCUUGAAAAUCAAGACCAUGAAAUGCCAAAACUUCUCAGAUUUAACAGAGCAAAUAGAGGUGGGUUUCAAAUGCAAUUAAGGCGCUCUAAUUCUAUGUCACGUUUGCAAAGUGGAAUUCAUAGCAGAUUGGGUUUGAUUAAUCGAAAGGGAAAUAUGAAUAACAAUUAUAAACCCCUGGCUGUUGCUAAGCGUGGUAUUGCAAAACGGGGCCGUGGUUUUACAACAAGAAAUAAAUACAGUAAUGUAGGACUUAGAUCUGAUCAAAUUCUUCAAGAACAACACAGAUCGAAUGUCAUAAGGUCACAGACAUUUACUCGGUCCAGAAACAAUUCAUUUAAUGGAUCUGCUUCUCAACUUACAGUCAGUGUAGCUAAUGAUUUUGUUAAAAGGCGUAGAAACAGUGUUGACAAUAGCAAUUAUUUAAGUAAGCAAACGUUAGCACAACUGAAUAAUCAAUACGGAGGUGUCCGCAAAAGAGGUGGACCAGGAAGUGCAAAAUCAGUAGGUUCAAACAGGUCUAACAGGUCAAAUGCAAGUAAAAGAUCAACACAGUCUCGAGGACGAAGGAGAGGGAGAGGUAGUAAUCGUGGAGUUGGCAGAAAGUUUGUAAACAAACAAAUUCUCAACCCAAAGUUACAGCAAGAAAUUGCUGCUAUUCAAGGUAAAAAUUAUGGAAGUAACACAAGUGAAGCUCCUGCAGGUGUAAAUUUCACACCUACUCCUGCUACAACGCAACAACCAUUACAUCAGAGAUUUGCUAUGGCUUGA